GAACUUGAUCAUUUUUCUGACACAGCUCCAGCCACCCUUCCUGACCAUCAGCCGCAUUUCUCGCCGCGUGUCGGCUGGGGAGCCACCAGAAGCAUCUGUUGCGAGUCUCGUGUCUGAUUUUCCUUGACACGCUGCUUCGCCAUGGCGGACGCGUCGCCUCACAGCUUAGCAUCGUCGAUAUAUUGCCACGCGUGGAAUGGCAACAUGUCCAUGGUGGCCGUUAGCCCGCGAACAUCGGAGCUGUGGAUAUUCAAAGCUAAUAUCGCGGAUGACGAGAAACAGUGGGAGAAGCUGCACACGUUAUCCAAGCAUGAGGACCUCAUAUCAGGCGUGGAUUGGGGCGCCAAGAAGAACCGCAUCGUCACAUGCUCGCACGACCGCAAUGCCUACGUGUGGAAUUGGGUGGAGGAGGAGUGGAGAGCGGCGCUGGUCAUCCUCAGACUCAACAGAGCGGCUCUCUGCGUUGCGUGGAGUCCCCAAGAGAACAAGUUUGCUGUGGGAAGUGGGUCCAAGACUGUCAGCGUGUGCUACUAUGACGACGAGAACAGCUGGUGGGUGAGCAAGGUGAUUCGGAAGAAGCAUGCCUCAUCUGUUACCAGUGUUUCCUGGCACCCAAACAAUCUGCUACUGGCGACCACAUGCACGGACAACAAGUGCCGGAUAUUCUCUGCAACCAUUAAAGGGGUUGACCCCAAAAGCUCGGAGAGUUCUUCCUCUGGCGGAUUCUCAGGGAAGUUUGGCGAGCAACUACUGCAACUCGACCUGGCUUUUGGGUGGACCUUCGGAGCCAAGUGGUCGCCGUCAGGGGCUAACCUCGCCUUCGUUGGCCACGACUCCACCAUUCAUUUCAUCAACGAUGUCGGUCCCUCGCUAACCCUCCACUCCAUCUCUCUCCGAUACCUCCCACUGCGCGAUGUGCUCUUCCUCUCGGAUCGGUUGCUUGUGGCUGCUGGCUUUGACUACAACCCCAUUCUCUUUAGUGCCGACGCCAAUGGCACAUGGACGUUUGUGAGAGUAUUGGAUGACGCUGAGGAACCUUCCUCCACUGCCACUGGCACUGCUCUCUCUGCGAAGGACCCAUUCGGUCGGUCAAUGGAGCGGGGCAAUUCUCUCCGCUCCUCGUUGACCGACGCUGCUCCCAACGCUCCUUCCAAUCCCGACUCUGAGCUCUCUAAAGGACCGAGCACUGUUCACCAGGACUGCAUCACCUGCAUCCGACCACUGGGAUCAGCAGAUGAUUCCAUCAUUCAGCAAUUCUCUACCUCAGGUUUAGAUGGGAAGGUGGUUGUAUGGGAUGUGUCAGGCUUGCACCUAGCCCGGUACACUUCACGGCCAGGCCAUUAAAAUCUGUGCGGCUUCUUGUUGUACCAGUUAUAUAUUCAGUAUGGCAAGAUAAUGUACCUGGUUUGUGCCUCUUUGCUUAAGUAGAAUGUUUAGAUAGAAAAUGCUCCACCUCAAAAGCCAGGAUGU